CCCGCCCGGCCCAGUCCGCCGCGGCUGUCUGCUGGGCUCGCGAGCCGCGGCCGGAGCUUGGUCGCCUCAGCCCGCAGCCGCCGCGUCUCAGCCUCUCCCUCCGCGCCCCCGGCCCCGCCGCCUCGCGCGCCCCCAGCCCCUCAAGCCAGAUGAUGAACUUCCUGCGGCGCCGGCUGUCGGACAGCAGCUUCAUCGCCAACCUGCCCAAUGGCUACAUGACCGACUUGCAGCGGCCCGAGCCCCAGCAGCCGCCGCCGCCCCCCGGCCCGGGCGCGGCCUCGGCCUCGUCGGCGCCCCCAGCCGCCUCGCCCGGCCCCGAGCGGAGGCAGCCGCCGGCCCCGGCGCCCGCGCCGCAGCCCGCGCCGCAGCCGGCCGCGGCGCCGUCGGUGGGCAGCAGCUUCUUCAGCUCGCUGUCCCAAGCCGUGAAGCAGACGGCCGCCUCGGCCGGCCUGGUGGACGCGCCCGCGCCCGCGCCCGCCGCCGCCAGGAAGGCCAAGGUGCUGCUGGUCGUCGACGAGCCGCACACCGACUGGACCAAGUGCUUUCGGGGCAAAAAAAUCCUUGGAGAUUAUGAUAUCAAAGUGGAACAGGCGGAAUUUUCAGAGCUCAACCUGGUGGCCCAUGCAGAUGGGACCUAUGCUGUGGAUAUGCAGGUUCUCCGGAAUGGCACAAAGGUUGUCCGGUCCUUCCGGCCAGACUUUGUGCUCAUCCGGCAGCAUGCAUUCGGCAUGGCAGAGAAUGAGGACUUCCGACACUUGAUUAUUGGCAUGCAGUACGCAGGCCUCCCCAGCAUCAACUCACUGGAAUCCAUUUACAACUUCUGUGACAAGCCAUGGGUGUUUGCCCAGCUGGUGACCAUCUACAAGACACUGGGAGGAGAAAAGUUCCCACUCAUUGAGCAAACAUACUACCCCAACCACAAAGAGAUGCUGACACUGCCCACAUUCCCUGUGGUGGUGAAGAUCGGUCAUGCUCACUCCGGCAUGGGCAAGGUCAAAGUUGAAAACCACUAUGACUUCCAGGACAUUGCUAGUGUGGUGGCCCUCACCCAGACCUACGCCACAGCAGAGCCUUUCAUCGACGCCAAGUAUGACAUCCGGGUACAGAAGAUAGGCAACAACUACAAGGCUUACAUGAGGACGUCAAUCUCAGGGAACUGGAAGACAAAUACUGGCUCUGCAAUGCUGGAGCAGAUCGCCAUGUCAGACAGGUACAAGCUGUGGGUAGACACCUGCUCUGAGAUAUUUGGUGGCCUGGACAUCUGUGCUGUCAAAGCCGUACAUGGCAAAGAUGGGAAAGACUACAUUUUUGAGGUCAUGGACUGUAGCAUGCCACUGAUUGGGGAACACCAGGUGGAGGACAAACAACUCAUCACUGAACUAGUCAUCAGCAAGAUGAACCAGCUGCUGUCUAGGACCCCUGUCCUGUCUCCUCAGAGACCGUUAACCACCCAACAGCCACAGAGUGGAACACUUAAGGAUCCGGACUCCAGCAAGACCCCACCUCAGCGGCCAGCCCCCCAAGGGGGCCCUGGGCAACCCCAAGGAGUGCAACCCCCAGGCAAGGUGCUGCCUCCACGCCGGCUCCCCCCUGGACCAUCACUGCCACCUUCCUCCUCUUCCUCCUCCUCUUCUUCCUCCUCCUCCUCGGCUCCUGAGCGGCCGGGCGGCCCCACCACCCACGGAGAUGCACCCUCCAGCAGCAGCUCCCUGGCAGAGGCCCAGCCACCCCCGGCUGCUCCACCACAGAAGCCCCAGCCUCACCCACAGCUCAACAAGUCGCAGUCCCUGACAAAUGCCUUCAGCUUCUCUGAGUCCUCCUUCUUCCGGUCUUCAGCCAAUGAGGAUGAAGCCAAAGCGGAGACCAUCCGGAGCUUGAGGAAGUCCUUUGCCAGCCUCUUUUCAGAUUAGCUCUCCAGAUACACCAGGGCACCCGGCCCAACCAGGAAAGGGAUCUGAGACACUUGCCAGCAACAGACAGCCACGCUUAGUGGUGAUGCCCCAUGACCUUGACGUGUGUGGCCCCUUCCUCUGCUCCGUUGUGCUAAGUGAUGUUUUGCAGCUCAGAAAGGACCAUGUGAAGGUCUCAGGGCAUGGGCCCAACCAGCAAGGGGCACCUGACAUCAGAGAGGAUAGAGCUGCUUUCCUGUAGUCAUGAGAGCUUCCUCUGAGGUCUUCGUUUGCUGUGAGUUUAGUGGCCUUAUUGUGACAGAGCCAUCAUGUCUUAUUCUUCCUUGUGAAGCCAGGAUUCCCCUCAUUGAGGACUCCUGGUAGCUUAACCUAUCUCAGCUGCAGUCCUAAGCAUGCCGCCCUCCCUCACACCCUUAGUCAGUGCUGCCUGUUUAGGGAGCAUAUACUUACCCGGAAGUACUCUUGGCUCCAAGUGUUAGGAACUUACCCACAGCUAGAUCCCCUGUCACACCUGUUUAGCUGUUUAAAACACACCUGCCCAGCACAUGAGCUUCCUCAACUGCUGUCGUGGUGAAGUACCUUUAGUCUGCUGAUACCGGAGAAAACAAGGCUCUGCAGUUUCCCUCUUUCCCUCCUCUCGGGAGCAGUUCUUGUGUGCGUGCUGCAGUGAUCUUGAGCUCUGAAGCCACACUGUAGAGAAUGCAUGCCACUGUAACAGCAGUAUGCCAAGUUUGUGUUCAUCUUCCAAUAAAUAAGACCUUUGGUGUAAUAAAAGCAGCAGCAUUAACCAGCA